UCUUUGCUUGCACAGGUAACCAGGUGAUGAUGUUCAGGCACAUAUUGAAUGACGGCGGCCACCGGAUGCUGUUUGUCGGCGACAUUGUUCUAAAACCGGCGUCGAAGUUCACCAAAGAAGGCAACAGUUUCACCCUCAAAGGAGUCACCCAAAGGAACGCGGGGAAGUAUGCUUGCCGCAUUGAGACGGAUCCUGUGACAGAGCUCGUCCACACUCUAGAUGUCCUUUACCCGGCUUCUGUAUACCCGAAGAGUCCAUCCGUGCAGAAGGUGGUCCAGGGUGACAGCGUGACUUUGGAAUGCGAGGCCGAAGGUAACCCUCCAGCGCAGAUUACCUGGACUCGCCGUCAGGGACACCUGCCUUCAGGAGCUCAGUCCGAAAAGGGACUCAGCAUAAUCAUCAAUGACGUCGACCGUCACGUGGAGGGUGAUUACGUAUGUACAGCCUCCAACGGCAUUGGGGAACCCAGUUCCGCUGCCAUGACCAUCGAGGUGGAGUACGAGCCGGAGAUCAUCGCUGAGCAGACUCUCGUGCACAGCGGAGAGGGAGAUCAAGCGAAGCUCUUGUGUAUAGUUCACGGGCGCCCAGCUCCUUCUGUGACGUGGAUGAAGGAAGGUCAGCCCGUGAGGGAGGACACCCACAUUCAGGAGCACGACGCCCAACACCGCCACACCCUCACCAUAAAGCACGUGCAAGCGGAAGACUUCGGAGACUACAAGUGCAUCGCCGAAAAUGAGAGAGGCAGUGCGGAACACACACUCAGACUCACAGGUAUUGCAAAGACACCAAGGAUGACCAGCAGUCCUGCAGGCGGCGAGGACGACGCCUACACAAUCACUUGGGAGACUGAAACUUAUACUCCCAUCCUCCAGUAUCGCCUUCGGUACAGGAAGUCCAGGGCAAACAUGACUUCUCAGGACCCAGGUGGCUGGGACGACCAUCUGUACACUCCCGGCCCCACCGAAGACAUCGCAUCUGGGCGCCUCCACCACAUGAGUCACGCCAUCGAGGAUCUGGAGCCAGCCACGGACUACGAGGCGGAGGUCGCCGUGGAGAACAAGUUCGGUUGGUCGGAUUCCUCCGAGAUCUUCCAGUUUUACACCAGGAAAGAAGAACCUAGCACUACUACUACUACUUCUACUACCACUACUCCUCCUCCUACUACCACUACUACUACUACUGAUACUUCUACGACCCUGGCUCCGGAACCAGAGAACAUCGCUCCACUCACGGAAGAAAAAGCCGUGGGUCACUCGGCGAGCGGCAGUGGUCGCUUGGGCAUCAGCGCCGUCACUGUCCUCAUGGUCUUGCUCGCAGCCGCCAUUCUCUCCUAGAUUCGUAUCCUUAACUUAUUAGGUGUAUCAAUGAAAUCAGAAAACAGAAAAAGCGCGAGAGAAAGGAAGAGAAGAAAAACGAGAAUAUCUCAAUCUGAGAUGGCUGUUGUAACUGGAAAAAGAGACAAAGUUCCACCAAGAUAGCAGACCAAGAUAAAGGGAAAACAGAUUAAGCCCAUCUUGCCAACGCCCAAGAGAGGAAUCGCGUCUCAGACGCGACGAGAAACGAGCAAGAGACAGAGAACGAUUCGUAUUACGACGAGGAGUAAUGAAUAAUGAAGGAAUAAUGCAACCAUUUGAAGAAGAGAGUCGACUGAAAACGUUUGAGGAAACGUUAGAUUAUAUAUAUAUAUAUAUAUAUAUAUAUAUAUAUAUAUAUAUAAUAUAUAUAUAUAUAUAUAUAUAUAUAUAUAUAUAUAUAUAUAUAUUGUAUAUCAGAGCUACAGUGACCUUGUCUUUUCUAUUUCUUGAAUUAUUGGCCUACGUCUGCUGCAAUCCUUGAACCCGAAUAGGUACUGAAGAGAGAAGCUGUCCCUUCAGUGGUAGGAUUCGAACCCACGUACUUUUAGGGUAGAGUGAGCUGUAGCCUAACGGACUCCUCGCUCUUAGUGCGCAUGGACUCGAAACUUUCCAUGGAGAUGGAGCUUCUUCAUUUAUCCCUUAUUAGUAUUUAAAGUUUGCGGUGGUGAUCUUAUCCGAAUAUUUUGAGGAAGUUGGAAAUUAGGAGGGGUUUGUAGCUAUAUAUAUAUAUAUAUAUAUAUAUAUAUAUAUAUAUAUAUAUAUAUACAUAUGCAUAUAUAUAUAUAUUAUAUAUCUAAUAUACAUUAUAUAUGUAUAUAUAUAUAUAUAUAUAUAUAUAUAUAUAUAUAUAUAUAUAUAUAUAUAUAUAUAUAUAUAUAUAUAUAUAUAUAUAUAUAUAUACAUAUAAUCAUAAUAUGGAAUAAAUGUGCCCUUAUCUAGUCAGACUAAUCAGUAAUAUCAACGUCUGUUUUCCAUCCUGCGUGAGACUGAUAGGAAAAAAAAUUGAAUUUCUCCGACAAAGUUAUCUACAAAUCGGGUACCUGCUGAUUUCGAAAUCUAACUUAAAGGUUUCCUUAUAAGUUGUUCGUUUAUUUUCACAGACAUUUGGUUAAAAUAAC